ACGACGUCAAGACCGCAGCAUCAACCAAGCUCCUCAUCGUCGUUUUCAGCUUCCGCCAUCCCUCAAUCCCCAUCAGCUGAGACCUGCGCACAUCGUAAAGAUGAGGUCUCAGCUUCUCCGUGCUGCAGCACGGUCACGGGCGACCCUGACCCCUGCCACAAAAAGAUCAUUCGGUGCAUCCGCCAGACGACCUGCCGAGGUCGAACUCACAAUCGACGGCAAGAAGGUCUCAAUAGAAGCUGGAUCUGCUCUGAUCCAGGCCUGUGAGAAGGCUGGCGUCACAAUUCCUCGAUACUGCUACCAUGAGAAACUCCUCAUCGCCGGAAAUUGUCGUAUGUGUCUCGUCGAAGUCGAAAAAGUCCCUAAACCUGUUGCCUCCUGCGCAUGGCCUGUCCAGCCCGGUAUGGUCGUCAAGACCAACUCGCCCCUCACACACAAGGCCCGAGAGGGUAUCAUGGAGUUUUUACUCGCCAAUCAUCCUUUAGAUUGCCCUAUCUGCGAUCAAGGUGGCCAAUGCGAUUUACAGGAUCAGUCAAUGCGAUACGGCGCCGAUCGAGGUCGGUUUCACGAAAUCACUGGCAAGCGUGCGGUUGAAGACAAAAAUAUUGGCCCCCUGAUUAAGACUUCAAUGAACCGAUGUAUCCACUGCACAAGGUGCAUCCGAUUUGCCAACGAGAUCGCUGGCGCGCCCGAACUUGGAUCAACUGGAAGAGGAAAUAGUCUGGAAAUUGGCACAUAUCUCGAGAAAAACCUGGACACAGAACUGUCUGGCAAUGUGGCAGAUCUGUGCCCUGUCGGUGCUCUGCUCCCCAAACCAGGUGCAUUUAGCUACCGACCCUGGGAGCUCAUCAAGUUUGAGUCAAUUGACGUGCUUAACGGUCUGGGAUCCAACAUCCGAGUCGAUGCCAGAGGUAUGGAGGUGAAGAGAAUUCUACCAAGAUUAAACGACGAUGUCAACGAGGAGUGGAUCGAUGAUAAAACACGCUUUGCCCUGGAUGGUCUGAAAACACAGAGGUUAACUACACCGUUGAUUCGACGAGACGGUCAAUUUGUGCCUGCUUCGUGGGAGCAGGCGCUCACUGAAAUCAGCACCGCAUAUCAACGACUCGCCCCCGGCGAGAAUGAAUUCAAGGCGAUUGCCGGACAUCUCAUUGAGACAGAGUCCCUGGUUGCCAUGAAGGACCUUGCCAACAAGCUCAACUCAGAAAACCUUGCCCUAGAUCAACCAGGCGGGAGCAACCCCGUCGCCCACGGCGUUGAUCUGCGUGCCAACUAUUCUUUCAAUUCGAAGAUUGUUGGUGUGGAAGAUGCGGAUGCGAUCUUGAUCAUUGGAAGCAAUACCCGAUGGGAAGCUGCCGUUCUCAAUGCUAGAAUCCGCAAGCAAUGGCUUCGGUCCGACCUGGAAAUCGGAUACAUUGGAGAGCCUUUCGAGAGCACAUUCCAAUACCAGCAUCUGGGAACUGAUGCUGCUGCUGUCAAGAAGACUCUCGCUGGCGAAUUUGGAAAGAAACUUGCAGGUGCCAAGAAACCCAUUAUCAUUGUCGGCUCUGGCGUCACGGAACACGCGGACGCGGCUGCAAUUUACGAAACAGUUGGUACAUUUGUUGACAAACACCAAGGCGUCUUCAACACGCCCGAGUGGCAAGGCUACAGUGUCCUUCAACGAGCGGCAUCAAGAGGGGGCGCUUACGAAGUCGGUUUCACGACGCCGUCCAAAAAGGUGGCAGACACUAAGGCCAAGUUUGUGUGGCUGUUGGGUGCUGAUGAGAUUUCCGACAAGGACAUCCCCAAAGAUGCAUUUGUUGUUUAUCAAGGACAUCACGGUGAGACCGGAGCACAACUCGCCGAUGUCAUUCUUCCCGGCGCCGCAUAUACGGAGAAGUCGGGCACAUAUGUGAACACAGAAGGCCGAGUGCAACUCACACGUUCCGCCGUGACACUGCCCGGGGCAGCACGAACUGAUUGGAAGAUCAUCCGUGCUGCUUCGGAAUUCUUGGGUGUGCCACUUCCGUAUGAUGAUCUCGAAGUUCUCAGAGAUCGUUUGGAGGAGAUUUCCCCAGCACUCCGGAGGUAUGACAUAGUCGAGCCCACCGCCUUGUCGAGUCUUUCCAAGGUUCAACUAGUAGAUGGCAACAAAGGUGCUAAGAGCACGGGAGCACCACUGGAACUGCCCAUCAAGAAUUUUUACAUGACAGAUGUGAUUUCCAGAAGUUCACCGACCAUGGCUCGUUGUUCGGCGGCCAAGGAGACUGGCAACCCUGACACGAAUUUCAUGGCGCCCGGGGAGCCGAGUGCACAGAUCGAGUACGGGGGUGCCAGCGUAUGAGAAGAGGAUGGCAUCAAGAAAGUUUGGGCAUUACAAUCGAGAUCAUGUAUAGGAGCAAGAUGCAGAUUUGGCGUUUUAAAACGAAAGAGUUGAAGCUCUCUCGAAGUCGUCCCUAGACGAAGCGAGCCUGACAAAAGGCAAUUGUACAUAUGUAUUUGCUCCGUAUCAAGGACAUCGGAACAAGAUUCAUCAAAUUUGCCUUUUCUAUCGUGUCUGGC